UGUGUUUGACUAGGGGUGCCUUGGGUGCCAAAAUUGCUGUGUUGUACUGGUUUUGAGGUCCCAGAGCCUAGCGUCGAGCUUGGCACUUAGCCUGCGAGUCUCCUGGGACAUGCCAUUCCAGCUGAUCUGCUUUGAAACCCAACACUUGCGUUUGUCUCUCUGUUCCGUCUCCCCGGAUCCUCACUCAGGCGCAUCGAUUCCUGGAAGGAGCCUGCGGGUGUCCAGGAGCUCCCAUAUCGGAGUCUGGCACCAGGGUGCUUACACCUGGGUGCUCUGCAAACAUGACGAGUCCUCCCCACCCUGUGUUGUGAUGACACUUGCACCCUUCCUGGGGCCCGCUCCUUGGAUCCUGUAAUGGUCACUCACUGUUCUCAGAGAGAUGACCACCAGAGAUGGUGGAUGUGGAUGUUGUGGCAUCAUCACCAUUUCAGUAGCUCUCAGAGACAAAAGGCCUUGGCGUCCACCGGAGGAAGGAGUGUGCAGGCAGCCUGUGACUGGCUGUUCUCCCACGUGGGCGACCCCUUCCUGGACGACCCGCUGCCCCGGGAGUACGUGCUCUACCUGCGCCCCACGGGGCCGCUGGCGCAGAAGCUCUCCGACUUCUGGCAGCAGUCCAAGCAGGUGUGCGGCAGGAACAAGGCGCACAACAUCUUCCCGCACAUCACCCUCUGCCAGUUCUUCAUGUGUGAGGACAGCAAGGUGGACGCCCUGGGGGAAGCCCUGCAGGCCACCGUCAGUCGCUGGAAGUGUAAGUUCUCGGCCCCCCUGCCCCUGGAGCUCUACACCUCCUCCAACUUCAUCGGCCUCUUCGUGAAGGAGGACAGCGCUGAGAUCCUCAAGAAGUUUGCCGCCGACUUUGCUGCGGAGGCUGCAUCGAAAACCGAAGUACACGUGGAACCUCACAAGAAGCAGCUGCAUGUGACCCUGGCUUACCACUUCCAAGCCAGCCACCUACCCACCCUGGAGAAACUAGCCCAGAACAUUGAUGUCAAACUAGGGUGCGACUGGAUGGCCACCAUAUUCUCCCGGGACAUCCGAUUUGCUAACCAUGAGACACUGCAAGUGAUCUACCCCUACAGCCCGCAGAACGAAGAUGAGCUGGAGCUGGUCCCCGGGGACUUCAUCUUCACGUCCCCCGUGGAGCAGACCAGCACCAGUGAGGGGUGGGUCUACGGCACGUCCUUGACCAGCGGCUGCUCCGGACUCCUGCCUGAGAACUACGUCACCAAGGCCGACGAGUGCAGCACCUGGAUAUUCCAUAGUUCCUACUCGAUCUUAAACACGUCAUCUUCCAGCGUGCUCUCAUUUGGUGACGGCAUUUUGGACAGGCGGCCAUAUGAGGACCAGGGCCUGGGGGAGGUGGCCCCCCUGACCAUCAUCUGCCAGCCCACACAGCCUCUGAGGGUCAGCAGCCAGCCUGGCCCCCAGAAGAGAUGCCUCUUUGUGUGUCGGCAUGGCGAGAGGAUGGAUGUCGUGUUUGGGAAGUACUGGUUAUCCCAGUGCUUCGAUGCCAAAGGCCGCUAUAUCCGCACCAACCUGAACAUGCCUCACAGCUUACCUCAGCGGAGUGGUGGCUUCCGGGAUUACGAGAAGGAUGCUCCCAUCACUGUGUUUGGAUGUAUGCAAGCAAGACUAGUGGGCGAAGCCUUAUUAGAAAGUAACACCAUCAUUGACCACGUCUAUUGUUCCCCAUCCCUGCGCUGCGUUCAGACUGCACACAACAUCUUGAAAGGUUUACAACAAGAAAACCACUUGAAGAUCCGUGUAGAGCCUGGCUUAUUUGAGUGGACAAAAUGGGUCCCUGGGAGCACGUUGCCUGCGUGGAUACCUCCGUCAGAGUUAGCUGCGGCCAACCUGAGUGUUGAUACAACCUACAGACCUCACAUUCCAGUCAGCAAAUUAGCGGUUUCAGAAUCCUACGACACUUAUAUCAACAGAAGUUUCCAAGUAACAAAAGAAAUAAUAAGUGAAUGUAAAAAAGGAAAUAACAUCUUGUUUGUGGCCCAUGCGUCUUCCCUUGAAGCAUGUACCUGCCAGCUGCAGGGCCUGUCACCUCAGAACUCCAAGGACUUCGUACAGAUGGUCCGAAAGAUUCCAUACUUGGGGUUUUGUUCCUGUGAAGAAUUGGGAGAAACUGGAAUAUGGCAGCUGACAGAUCCACCCAUCCUUCCUCUUACCCAUGGACCAACAGGGGGCUUCAACUGGAGAGAGACCUUGCUGCAAGAGUGAACCACCCCGAUGAAGAGGGGGAAAGCCUUAGAAAGCCUCUGGGAGAAGUGACUUUGUGUGCUGAGUAACAGUGAAAGUCUGCACCACAUUAUAAGCGGCAGCUCAGAUAAUUUAGCAUACUUCCUUUCAUGCUUUAAAUUCUUGUGAUGAGACUGUGUACGUAAGAAAAAAAACUUGAUUCAGGGAUAAAAUUCUUUCUCUCUGGACUCUUACCUAGCUAACAGGGCUUUCGAGAAUUGUCUUCCUCUGUCGAGGCACCAGCCAAGGCAGAGGAUGUGUCCUUCCUUCCGUCCAUGCGUGGCCAAGGCCCGGAGUCUCCCAAGGGGAGGUGCCAGCCCCCCGAGGGAGGAUGCAGGAGGGAGGAAGGAAGGAGCACGUCCAGAAGCCAGCUGGAGGGACACUGAGCUGCCAGUUUGGUGAUGGGAUUUUCUUUUUAACUCCAUGUUCCAGUUAGGCAAAGCCAAGCUGAAGGAUUCUUUUCAGGUUAUCAGAAAGCCUCAUGCCCUGCAGAGUUGUUUUUAAGCUGCAUGUCCCACGACCACCAGUGCUGCUGGCUCCAGGCCCCUGUCACAAGGUCGUGCGCGCGGGUGCUGGUCGCUUGGGUGCAGCCCGUCGCAGAGCAGCUGGCUCCCACUGCGCAGCGGCCCUGCCCCCUUGCCUCUGUCUGUGAAAGGGAAGACAAAGCACUUUUGCUCUCUGAAGCACUUUUGGGUACUCAGGAGGAAAAUAAAUGUGUGAAGUAUUCAAUUGUAGGAGCAAAGAAUUUUCAAAAUAUAAAGUGACUGAAUCAUCCAUCUGAAUUGCCUGGUCACUUGUCCUUGGCCCUCAAGCCUGACUGUGGUAACUAGUUAAGGAAGUUGACGUUCUGAAA